AUGGAUUCGUCUAGUUUCGACGACUCAUCCAGCCAUUACAACAUCUAUACUGGCUUCUGGAUCAAUUGGUCUCGUGGUCCUGUUUAUGGGGCUACAAUAACAACACCUCGCCAGGACGGAACAAUUUCGAUCGCACUUCUGGCUCUGUUCGUCAGCAUAGUCGGGACACACUUCUGGAACAUUCUCUGCUUCUGUUUACAUUACGGUAAUUCGUCAUCCAAGCCACAAGAUGGUCUGCAUCACCAAAAACAAGCCAUACUUCGGAAUUCGGCAAAUGGGUCGAGCGGACUCUGGAAUCUACUGAUGGUUCUGAAUGCAUGGGGGUGGAGCGGAAGAGCCGCAAGACCUUUUCGUCGGAUUUUACCGCUUAUCGUCAUCGCCAUGUGCCACAUUGCGGCCUUCAGUGUCGCAGGUACAUUCUCAUCUAAGAUAGCAACUGCCGCCGGGGACGAAGUACUUAUUUCCAGCCCAAACUGCGGUAUCUUGCACGGAGAAAGCGAUUCCGAAGUCUCAGAACUGGCCGCCUAUCUGAAUUCCUACAAGGCGCGGCUGAUGGCAACCCACGCAGCCUACGCUCAACAGUGCUACAAAAAUGCGUCGGAAACAGCGGGCUGUCGCUCGUUUAUAAAGCAAAAUAUCCCCACUGAGACCACUAGAAACGUGGCUUGCCCAUUCGACAAAGACAUGUGCCUAUCAGUAGACGGCAAUAUCCGUUUCGAAACCGGCUACCUUGACAGCAAUGAUGACUUCGGACUCAAUACGCCUCCUGAAGAACGAGUUCAACUCCGACGGGUAUCCACCUGCGCACCCAUUACUACUAAAGAAUACCGUAGACGGGGAAAACUCUUCAACACAAACACGUCGUAUAUUCAAUAUGAAUAUGGACAAGCUGUAAAUUUCUGGGAAGGCAACAACUACACUUACAGAUACCCAGAGAUCACUCCUAACUGGGAUAUACCGAGUGCAAACACAGAUUACAUACUUGGUGGCAUGGAUGCGACAGUGAUAAACGGGACAAUGAACAACACAAACACCGAUUUUGUUCCAAUCGCUGCAUUGCAGCAAAAGGAUGCAGACCUUCACUUGAUUUUCCUUUCUGCAAACUCGAUCAUAUUCGCACAGGAAGUGAAUGAUCUAUGGUUCUCGGCCCAUCGAAAUGUGUCACAAAUAUUCUACUCGGAUAUCGGGGAAGUUGAAGGCACAUUAGACGCAAUCGUUCAGGACGAUGCUGCCUCAGUGCUGGCUUGCACGGUCAAAGAGCAAUAUUGCAAUCCGAACCUUCCAGAAGGGAACCGAUGCGCGCCGUUUGGGGGCGAAUAUGAAUCCGCAGCUUUGGCUGAGCACCUAUGGACAAACCAGAAGCAGCUGGAUAAUUUUCGUUGGGUUGAUGGGACCAUCAAGAGCUACCGUCCCUCUAUGCACAACGUUGUAUACACACUUGGAUCUUCAGCCCUGCUGGCAAGACAAAGCCUCACAGAAGGAAUUCAGGGAGCGCUAGUGGACAAUCAGUGGCAGCUGGAGGCGGAGAACUGGCAUAAAGUCUCCAUGGCCGCCAUGCAAGGCAUUAUGAGAGAGGUUGCGACGGGACCCUCGGACCAAAGCGUGGAGAAAUGGCUCGUCAAGCCCAACAAUACCCAAGAACACCUUCUGUGCGGCAAUCAGAAAAUUGUGAGCGGCGAAUACUUUAAUUUUUCCGUCUUGGGCCUGGCGAUCACUCUCACGGUUGGCGUCUUAAUCAUCCUUCUCUCCUAUACCAUCGCACCACUACUGGCCUGCAUACAACAUCGGCGACGCAGCCCCUACAACCCAUAUGCAAGGCUUGAGUGGAAUGCAAAUGGAAUGCUGCAGCUGCAAAGGCUGGCGCAUGAAGAGCAAGGGGUCGGCACGUGGGACCGUUGUGCUGCUGAUGUGCCCGUUACAAAUAAAGGAGACAAGCUGGCCACACUAGACCUCGAGGACUUGGAUCAUCCGAGAUUGAUGGUGAAGGAUUUUGGCCGGAUGGAUGAUAGGAAAUCUUUGUUUGCUGUUCAUGAGCGGGAAACAUUAACAGCAUCGGACGGCUCGGAUGACGGGAUCGAAAGAUAAAACGGCAUACCGUAGAGGGUUACUGUCUUCACUUACCAACUAAAGUUGCUGUUUUAUGAAUAUUAGUUUUAU